AUGUUUCACAGCAGCACAGACGAGGUGACACCUGGUGGUGAUUCUCCAGAAUGCGUGAGGACUUCUAAUAGUUUUGCUGACAGGAGUGGACUGAACACUUCAACUUCUUAUGGUCCACCUUCAGUUUCUUCAGAUUCUUUUCGCCUGAGUGUAGGUGAUGCCAGUUCCAGUUCCAGCUCCAGCCAUAGCUCUUCAUUUCCAAGAGUACGCACAGCAGGUCAUCUCCUAGACAGCCUCAGGUCACGUGUUGCAAAUCCACCCCACCUCGCCACAGACAGCACCUCUACUCAGAGUCGUGGGGGUACUCCAAGACUGAGGACCCCCAGAUCUGCACAUGCUGCCAGAACACCACUGACUGACCAUACUGCAACAAGUUGUUCCUCCACAACAUCAGCAACUGGAGCAUCUGUAAUUGUGGCUGUGGUUGAGGGGCGGGGUUUGGCUAGAGGGGAAAUCGGCAUGGCAAGUCUCAACCUAAAAUGUCCCGAGCUCAUUUUAUCUCAGUUUGCAGACACGGGUACUUAUGCCAAGGUUAUUACCAGUAUUCAUAUUCUUGUGCCACUUGAAAUACUGAUGCCAGACACAGCCAGUGAAAAGGGAAAAGGGACGAAGCUUUUCAAUCUGAUUACUGAGAAUUUUUCGAGAGUGGCCUUUACUGCUGUUCAGAGAAGAUAUUUUAAUGAACGAAAAGGCUUGGAGUACAUUCAACAACUGUGCGCUCUAGAAUACAGCACUGUCCUCAUGGAAGUACAAUCUAAGUACUACUGUCUGGCUGCAGCUGCUGCUCUGCUCAAGUACUUGGAGUUCAUUCAGAAUUCUGUGUACGCCCCAAAGUCCCUCAAAGUCAGCUUUAAGGGGAGUGAGCGGACCGCAAUGAUCGACUCAGCAUCUGCCUCCAAUUUAGAGUUAGCCGUCAAUAACCGAGACCACAGGAGUGAACAUACACUAUUUGGAGUUCUUAACCACACAAGAACAUCUGGAGGGGCUAGAAGGCUACGGUCCAAUAUACUGGAGCCUUUAGCUGAUGUUGACACUAUAAACAUUCGCUUGGACAGCAUACAAGAAAUGCUGCAAAAUGAAGAACUCUUCUUUGGCUUAAAGAAUGCAAUAGGUCAUUUCCUUGACAUUGACCAGCUGCUUUCUGUUCUUGUUCAAAUCCCCAAACAGGAAACUACACAGCUGCCUGACGAUAACCUGAUCAAUGGUGUUGAUGUGCUUGGUGUCAAACAUGUUGGAGAGAGAGUGACAGAAGGUCUGUGUUGGAGGGCUGCGGAGCAUGGGGUGUCCCAGCUGAAGGAGCCAGCUGGUGGAGGGAGGGAGCUCCAGUCUUUCCGGAAGGGAAUUCUCCAUUCAGAAGGCACAGUGGAGGAUAACCCUCAGCAGUACAAUGGCUCGCUACCCAAUGGAGACCGGGGGAGACGGAAAAGCAGAUUUGCCCUGUACAAGAGGACCAAAGCCAACGGGGUUAAGCCAAGCACAGUGCACAUCCUCAACACACCGCAGGCCUCCAAGUACAAUCGCCGCAGUUCUCACUCAGGCCUCCGAGCUUUUUUCUGCUCCACUGUGGCUGCCAAAAACUGCACCGGCCUGUAUAACGUGUCGGCCUCCUGCAUUCCAGCCUUUAGUUCCCAAGCAAAAGUGGCAGAGCAGCCAGAGGAGCUGCUUACCUCUGCAGCGCUACAGGGAGGCCCACAGCGCACAUUUGUAAAGACUUAA